UAACAUGUUACGAAGUCUACCAUUAAUAUUACACGUGCAACAGUGCCGGCUUUUUGCAACGGCUGCACCAAAAAUUAAAAGAGCCCAAGUUAGCAAAAGCAAUGCCCUCAUCACCUGCAAGCGUACACAGUUCAAUUUGUUGGAGCAUGAGCACGCGGAUGCCAAAUUUGGCACAGUGGAGCUGUGCUCCAAGGGCUGGCUGCAUAACAAAUCAAAGGGCGAUCAUUUUACACUGCAUCCGAGUGUAACGCGCGAAGAAAUGCAAGCGGACAUGCAGAAUAUAGGCGAGUUUUUGGGUUCAACUCAGUUGCAAGUGCAUCAACAGCUGCUGGACAAUCUACAAAAUGAAUUGGGUAUCAAGCAGCUAACAAGCAUACAGACGCAAGCGCUGCCAAUAGUAGACGGCAGCUUCCAUACGCUUAUAGCCGCAGAAACAGGCUGCGGCAAGACGCUUGCCUAUCUAUUGCCAGUUCUCAGCAAGCGGCUGCAACAAAGAGAACAAGAGCCCAGCGAGCGACAAUUCAACACACCCAGUGUGCUCAUACUUACACCGGGACGCGAGCUGGCGACGCAAAUAUCCCAAGUAGCUGAAAAGCUAUGCAAAGGCACCGAUAUGAAAGUGAAGGCACUGCUGGGUGGCAACACAAAACAGCUGAUGCUGAAUCCACAAUUUGAGCAGGUGGAUAUAUUGGUGGCCACAUUAGGUGCACUAAGCAAGCUAGUUACAACGGGCAUAUAUCGCAUGGAGCAAGUACGUCAUGUAGUCAUGGAUGAAGCCGAUACGCUGCUUGAUGAUUCUUUUACGGACAAGCUAACAUAUUUCUUAAGAAGAUUUCCGUUACACAGAAAUCACACGACAGGCACACAGCUGCUGUUGGCCUCAGCUACCAUGCCCACAAAUACGCGUGAGAUACUCCAACGUGUCAUCGAUGUGGAAACCAUCAGAGAAGUUGUUAGUCCACAUUUGCACCAUUUGCAGCCGCAUGUUACGCAAAAGUUUCUGCGCAUAACCAAGGCAGAUCGACCAGUUAAUUUAUUGUCCAUAGUCAAGCAAGAUCUGGCAAAGCGACGUCCUCUCAUUAUCUUCAGCAACAAGUCCGCCACAAGCGAUUAUGUGUCUAUUUUUCUGAACAACAACAACGUCAACUGCUUGAACCUCAACGGUGAUAUGCUUAUGAAAAUACGCAUGGGACGCUUUGAUCAAUUUCAAACUGGACAGUGCGACGUGCUCUCUACCACAGACAUUGGCAGUCGUGGCCUGGAUACCACGCGAGCGCGUCAUGUCAUUAAUUUCGACUUUCCAUUGCAUGUAUCCGACUACAUUCAUCGCUGUGGACGCAUUGGGCGCGUAGGCAGCUUGGACAAAUCACUUGUCACCAACCUUAUAUCUUCCCGUCGUGAAAUCGAUGUGGUGCAGCGCAUAGAACAUGCAGCACGCACCGGCGGCCUGUUACCUAAUGUCAAUGCAAACAUUAAAAAUAUUAUAAACAAGCGCAUAAUGGCCGAUAUGAAAGCAGCGGGCAUGCCCUUGCCACAGGACGAUCCAUUCUAG